GCAGGCGAGCCUGGGGCUGGGCUGGGGCUGAGCGGCUCCGGCGCUGGGGGUGGGCGAGGCUCGCUGUGUCCCAGCCGGGCCCGGAGCCCAUGGAGCGGGGGAAGAUGGCGGAGCUGGAGAGCCUGGAGACGGCGGCGGAGCACGAGCGGAUCCUGCGGGAGAUCGAGAGCACGGACACGGCCUGCAUCGGCCCCACGCUCAGGUCUGUCUAUGAUGGCGAAGAGCACGGUCGUUUCAUGGAAAAGCUGGAAGCCCGAAUUCGAAACCACGACCGAGAGAUUGAAAAAAUGUGCAACUUCCAUUACCAGGGCUUUGUAGAUUCUAUCACGGAGCUCCUGAAAGUUAGGGGAGAAGCCCAGAAGCUUAAGCAUCAAGUGACAGACACGAAUAGAAAACUGCAGAGUGAAGGGAAGGAAUUGAUAGUAGCAAUGGAGGAGCUGAAACAAUGUCGACUACAACAGAGAAAUAUUUCUGCUACCGUCGAUAAACUAACAUUGUGUCUUCCUGUUCUGGAGAUGUACAGCAAACUGAGAGAGCAAAUGACAUCUAAAAGACAUUACCCUGCAUUGAAGACAUUAGAGCACCUUGAGCAUACGUACUUGCCACAGGUGAGCCACUACCGCUUCUGCAAGAUCAUGGUGGAUAAUAUCCCUAAACUGCGUGAAGAGAUAAAAGACGUUUCCAUGUCAGACCUCAAAGACUUCCUGGAGAGUAUUCGUAAGCACUCUGACAAGAUUGGAGAGACGGCAAUGAAACAGGCCCAGCAGCAAAGAAACCUGGAUAAUAUUGUAUCUCAGCAUCCCAGGAUAGGUGGUGGAAAGAAAUAUAAGAAAGAUGUCUGUGCAAGCUCAGAUCUGGAGGUGAAAAACACUAGCCCCAUGUCUGAACAGGAUUCGGGGAUCCUGGAUGUUGAAGAUGAGGAUGACGAUGAAGAGGUGCCUGGUGCCCAGGAUUUGGUGGAUUUCUCGCCCGUGUACCGAUGCUUGCACAUCUAUUCUGUACUGGGUGCCAGAGAAACCUUUGAGAACUACUACAGGAAACAGAGAAGAAAACAGGCUAGACUGGUGCUUCAGCCCCCCUCAAAUAUGCACGAAACUUUAGACGGCUACAGGAAGUAUUUUAAUCAAAUUGUAGGCUUUUUUGUAGUUGAAGAUCACAUCUUACAUACGACCCAGGGCUUGGUCAAUAGAGCCUAUAUCGAUGAACUGUGGGAAAUGGCUCUGUCAAAAACUAUUGCCGCACUAAGAACACAUUCAUCUUACUGUUCUGACCCAAAUCUGGUAUUAGACUUGAAGAACCUCAUAGUUCUGUUUGCAGAUACACUCCAGGGGUAUGGCUUCCCUGUAAACCAGCUGUUUGACAUGCUACUGGAAAUCAGAGACCAAUAUAGUGAGACUCUGCUAAAGAAAUGGUCAGGAGUUUUCAGAAAUAUACUUGAUUCAGAUAAUUACAGUCCUAUACCCGUAGCUAAUGAAGAACUUUAUAAGAAGAUAAUAGGACAGUUCCCAUUCCAGGAUCCAGAGCUGGAAAAGCAACCGUUUCCAAAGAAGUUCCCCUUUUCUGAGUUUGUGCCUAAGGUUUACAAUCAGAUUAAAGAAUUCAUCUAUGCCUGUCUAAAGUUCUCAGAAGAUCUUCACCUGAGCUCCACGGAGGUCGACGACAUGAUUCGAAAAUCAACCAACUUGCUGCUGACUCGAAUGCUGAGCAACUGUUUGCAGACUGUUAUUAAGAGGAGAAACACAGGGCUGACAGAGCUUGUGCAGAUUAUUAUAAAUACGACUCAUUUGGAGAAAUCCUGCAAGUUCCUAGAAGAAUUCAUAACCAAUAUCACCAACGUACUCCCAGAGACUGUCCAUACUACCAAACUCUAUGGCACUACCACCUUCAAGGAUGCCCGCCAUGCUGCAGAGGAAGAGAUUUACACUCAUCUGAACCAGAAGAUAGACCAGUUUUUGCAGCUGGCAGAUUAUGACUGGAUGGCCGCUGACCCGGGCAGCAAAGCCAGCGAUUACCUGGUAGAUCUCAUUGCUUUCCUGCGCAGCACCUUUGCUGUGUUCACACACCUACCUGGUAAGGUGGCUCAGACUGCAUGUAUGUCUGCAUGCAAACACUUAUCCACUUCACUGAUGCAGCUGCUGCUAGAAGCUGAAGUGAGGCAGCUUACAUUGGGGGCCUUACAGCAGUUCAACCUGGAUGUAGAGGAGUGUGAACAGUUUGCCAGAUCCGGGCCAGUGCCUGGGUUCCAAGGGGACACACUGCAGUUGGCCUUCAUCGACUUGAGACAACUUCUAGAUCUGUUCAUCCAGUGGGACUGGUCAACGUAUUUGGCUGACUACGGGCAACCCACAUGCAAAUAUCUUCGUGUGAACCCAACGACAGCCCUUAUCCUGCUGGAAAAGAUGAAAGACACCAGCCGUAAGAACAAUGUCUUUGCGCAGUUCCGGAAGAAUGAGAGGGACAAGCAGAAGCUGAUAGACACUGUGGCUAAACAGCUCCGAAGUCUGAUCAACAGCCAUCAUUUGUGAGGGUAGUCAGCUGCUUGGGAUGGGAUUUUGGGAUUUCAGGACAGUGCUAAUCUCUGCACUGCAGCCUCCAUGCGCCUGGAUUUGGGAUUCCUGUUUAAAGAGAAUAUAUGUAUUUUUUUAUUCACAUGUAUAGUAUUCAUGGAACCGACUCUUAUGAAAAAAUGUUGCUAGGCGAAUAAUCAAAUGGUGAUAUUGCGGCAUUGUUUGUACUGCUGCAGUGCAGGGUGGGGUCAUGGUUUCCCACUAUAAGCUCCUAUUUUCAGGGGUUUAUAACUUGACCGUAAAGGCUGAAACUUGAGAUAAAAGUUCAUGCCCCGAUGAUAUUUUGCAACCAAAUUCAGAGAAUCCAUUUGACUUUUCUUUUGUUAAGUUAUUCAAGUGCAGAAAAAAAAAUGUAGGGAGCAUUGUGGUUUCCGAUGCUUUUCCUCCACUCCCGUAGCUCGGCUAUGCCUUUGCAAAUGGAAAGAGUGCGGCUUGUGAACUCGUAUUGCAGAUGAGUGUUUUGGGUGUAUUUAGGAAGGGAGGGCAAACAAAUGCAAAACCAUUCACUUUGUUUUGUUGAUGUGCAUGCUAACUUCAUCCUUAGUCUGCAGACUCCUGGCAGGAGAAGGACACUAAACAGAUCCAUCAGGUCUGUAACUGGACCUGGAUGCUGUAAUCUGGAAUAACUCUUUAAGAGCUGCUGUUGUCUUUUGCAAAGACACUACCUGAAAGAGCUUGAGAGCUACAUCGUCAUCAAAUGGGAUUGGAGAGAGCCACAGAAUAAUACUGCUCCAAUGGCCUGACCUUGUGGUGCCAAGUUUGCACUGGGCUGUCGCUUCGUUGUGAUUCAGCAUAGUCCUGUGAUGCUAACGUUGCAGGGAAGAAAGCCAACGCUCUGCAAACAGCGUGAGGACAUCAUGCCACAAUUUUGCCUUUCUCUGCAACUGUGUUCGACACUGUCUCCUGUCUUCCCCCUUCCCGAAUGUUUGGAGGGACAUCCCAGUGACUCUAGUUAGGUUGUGGGGAGCACUGAGCAAACAGACUUUUGCAGUACGCAGGGUACUGCUGUUACUAGCAUAACGGGUGGAGAUCUGAACAGACUCCUGGGCACUCCUGAGUCACAUGGGACUCCAAGAGCACUCCGCUGAAUAUUCAAGCUCAAAUAGCCACUUGGUAAAAAGUGCCUAAGGGCAAAAUUCUCCUCUCUUGUCUGUAGCAAGUAUCUGUUCCAUAUUCCUCCCUCCUCCUCUGCAUAAGACUCCCAUUGAAGCCAACGGGAGUGCUUAUGUACAGAAUGUAUGCGGGCAGAGAAAUCCACUCUGCCUGAUAGAGGAGACUUUUGCCCUUACCUUGUAUUUACCUACUAGACUGUAACUACUCUGGGGGGGGGACACAUCUAGUGGGUCCCUCUUUAAUAUCAAAUCCCGAUACAAAAAUAUUCUAGUGAUAGAGAGUCCCUUUUCUGUAGGAGUAGGCAUGCCAAGCUCCAGAUUUGCCUAAAACUAAUAACAUUACAGGGAACCAUUAAGAUCUUUAACGUAUACAUAGCCACAUCAGUACCGCUGCUUCAACACCUACCAUAAACUUAGUACAGGGUUUGUUUGGUUUUUUUACAUCGGUUUAAAUUAGUUCGGUUGUUUUUAUUCUCACCACAAUUAUUUUUUGAAAAAGCCAAUGCACUUUUUCUAGCCUUCAGAGAGAGAUUUAGUGUUCACCUCUUUCUCCAUCAAGUCUUCAUAGCAUGCAGGUGAUGGAACUUGUUUAAAUACGAUGCACAAUGCAAAUUGUCUGUAAUGUGCCAGGUGACGGCUGGCUCUCCAGGCUGCGUUCAGUCCCUCUUCCUUUCGACCACUCGUGCUGAUUCUGCAUUUUCUGGCUCCAGUGCUGGUGCCACUGUCCAACACAUAUUUAAGCACAGGGUGGACCAGGAGGUUAUUUUUUAUUUGUCUUUCCUAAUGACAAUUUUUUCCAAUGUUCCUCAGCCAUGCGUUUUUUAUAACGGUACGUGUUACUUGGCCUGAAUGUCAAUAGCCACAUUUGUAAGCAGCGAACUUCUGCUACUGGCUACAUCCAAGUGAUGGGAUAAGUAUGCGGGGUCUUUUUUAUACUUGGGAGGGCUGUAUAUUGGCAUUUCCCUUGUGUUUUCUUUUUGAAUAUAGCUUAAAAAUGCCUCCAAAGCACAGAUUUUGAAGGAUGGUGAAAGUGACAUGGGUGAAUUGGAAAUUGGCAUGGGUGGAAAGGGACCUGCAGCAGCAAGCUGGAGGGAUCUGCAAGCCAAAGAACUGCUCUGCGAGCAACCGCUUUCCUCAACAUGGGGGGCACAGAUGUGAACUGGACUGGUUCCCCCUUCAGACCCUAUGCUAGCUCUAAAAUGCUACAUAUGGUCGUGCUCCUAACUGUCAGCAAGGAGUUCCAUGCUCUGCCCUGUUCCUUUAUAUUUCGACCUAGAAAUUUGUACUGUGCCCAACGAGAUUGUGAAGGUGGAGCUGGCAAACCCAGGAAGAUGUUGUAUGCAGACUCCUCAAGCCCCUGGGUUCACCUGACUUGAUGAAAACAGUUGAGAGUCUGAGUGUCCUGAACCCACCCCGCCUGCAAAGUCUUGUGAGUCAUUGGUUGCAGCAGCUAGAUGGACAGUGCUGUAUCCAGGGGAGAGUCUGCAGCAUCUCUGGUUUCAGGGUGCUGCUCAAUGCAAGAGGAGAAUUCACAAGCUUCUGGGACAAGACGACCUACAGUGAAAACUCCUCUUAGCUACUGAAAAAGGGAAAAAGCAGAUCUGCUUUGAAAAUCUAGUGUAAGGGCCAGAAGGCCUGGUUUCUUAGCAAACCCAGGAAGUGUCACCAGACACAUCGCCAGUCACGGUUCCCAGUACUCUUGCAAAGCUCUGUCCCAUCAGUAUCAAACACAAGGGGACAAAGAUGUGAUUUACUCCUCCCACAAAUGGAAAAGGCAGGUUUUCCCCUUCUGUGCUGCUGUCACAUUCUGCAGGGCUGUGAAGAGGGAUUCUACUUGGACGCAGGAGGGGGGGACAUGACUGAGACGCAAGCAUGCAUCAGAUGCAAGAGAAACUUCCCACAUUCAAAUAAAUAUAGAGAUUU